ACGGGGCUGCCGGAGGGCGCAAAGAGGACGCAGCAGCUGCUCAAGGAGCAGAGGGAGAGGGAGGCCGCGCAGAGACAAAGCCAGAGCCAGAGCAAGAGCGUGCUCAAGGACGUCUGGAUGGGCGGCGAGGGGGAGGACUGGAAGGAGAAGAGGGCUUCAGAGCAUAAGAAGGCCUUUGAGGAGGGCAAGGGCAUGAGCGAUAUCAUUCUUGAGCAGGUUGCGGAGGUGUUUAGUGGUAACUGGAGGGGGAAGAAGGACGAAAAUUCUGCGGACACUUCGCAGGGGGAGAAGAAG